UAGAUUCAUACAAGGCCAUAAGCGACGAGGGAAUGCCGGUAUACCAGAGGCCGUUCAUGAAGGGUAAGCUGUACAUCCACUUCACAGUGGAUUUCCCGGACUCGCUGAGCCCUGAGCAGACCAAAGCACUGGAAGCUGUUUUGCCCAAGCCCUCAACAGCUCAGUUGAACGACAUGGAGAUAGAUGAGUGUGAGGAGACCACUCUACACGAUGUGAACAUUGAGGAUGAGAUGAGGAGGAAGGCACAAGCUCAAAGAGAGGCUUAUGAUGAUGACGAUGAUGAUGAUGACCAUCCUGGUGGUGCUCAGAGGGUGCAAUGUGCCCAGCAGUAAGUAAUCUCGUAGAGAGAGACUUUUCCCACAUGGGUUUGGCUCCAACAUUUGUCUUCUCCUUUUUCAUUCUAAGUGUAUUGGAGUCUUUAUGGAGUUUGGUACGGUUUAAGAAUUUGCCCACUUUGGUUGAAGUGGAACAGCCAACUUGUUUUCUCUUUCUCUGACUCUUAAAAUUAUUAAGGCGUGUUACAAUUUUGUGUUUUUUGAUAAUUAAAUUUGUAGUAAUUUAAUGUCUAAGAACAUAUAUACUAAGUCCUCUUCUAUA